AUGGGUGACAACGAAGAUAUCCAGAUUGAACGUAUAAACCCUCGGCUACUGAUUCCAGAUUCAGAAGAUUCAAGAACAUUAGGUCCUUCGAAAACAUUAGGUCCUUCAAAAACAUUAGGCCCUUCAAAAAUAUUAGGCCCUUCAAAAACAUUAGAUCCUUCAAAAACAUUAGGUCCUUCAAAAACAUUGGCUCCUAUUAUCGGCUAUGCUCAAGAGCCACUUCUUCCACUCGAUAAAGCAUGUGAACCGUUGAUUCUAGUUGUCCAUCAUAUAUUACACUAUGUUACAGUAGCUCUGGAAAAUACUCCAGAUAAUCCAGCCGAUGGUCUAAGUCGCGAUGAAUCAGCUUCGAUUCGUCUCUACACGAUGGAGUGGGCUGACGAAUACAGUAGUCUCUGUUCCACUCUUAACAAAACUCUUACGACAGCCGAUCGCGAAGAUUUACAACCAUGGUUUAGUUACCUCAAACUUUUUCUUACUGCUUUAGCCAAAAUCCAAUAUGCACCUCGGCACACCAUCUGGCGUGGAGUGCGAAAAAAUAUUAGUGAUGAAUAUCCACCUGGAAGUCAAUUUACAAAUGAUGCAUUAGGAUAA